AUGGCCGACAGCUCAUCACAGCCAACAGGGUCUGGGAGCAGUUCCACCAUUCACGGCAUCACAGAAAGCCUGAGGGGUCUGAAUCAGGAAUACAACGACAUCAACAGCGGAGCCAUAACCCGGCAGAAGUCAACUGCACAUGCUGGGGUGUCUUCUAGGUGGAGGCGGAGCCAGACAGGGCUUGGCAAAGGUGCCAAAGAGGUGGAUACCAUGAUCCACCGGUACUUCUCUCCAGCACUUUCACUCGGGAUAACCCAGGAAGAGGCAACAAGGCCAUCAAAAGCUGGGCCAACAUCACCACAGGGCCGAGAGACAGAUGAAGAGGCCAGCACACGUGCGUCUGCCUCGCCCAUUUGCCGGUCCCUGGAUGCAGAAUACAUGAGCCCAGAGCAUUGCCAAUCCAUUCUUAGGGAAGUGCGGGUUCUCCGUGAAGAUGCGAAUCGAAUGGUGGCAUGUAUGGGGAAAGCCACAAGAUCGAGUGCUGAGACACGGGGAUCGAAACGGCGGGCGCCUUAA